AUGGGUGAAGAAAACACUUUUAAAAAGCUGAAGCGUAUCUUUAGUGGUAAAAGGUUCCAAGAUAGCUCGUGGUCAUGGGUCGUGUGUAUUUCGGCGACUGUCUGUAAUGCAAUCAACCUUGGCUUUACACUCAGCUUUGGAGUUUUGUUCCCGGAGUUGAUGAGGCACUUUAAUGCCACAAGAGAAAGGACAGGUAUGCUGAUCAUAAAUCUUUUUCAAUAACAGAAAGUUAUAAACUAAGCGCUGAUUUUGUCGUUCAAUUCUAAUCAGAACACUGACUUAGGUCUGAGGGCGCACUAUGAGACAAUUAUGUAAAUAACCAUUAUGAAUAAACGAAACAGCUUUGGAGCGACAGGAGACCGCUUCUUUUUUUUCUGUCUUGUUUUUAAUUUUAAGACUUACUGGAGCCGUGGUAAUGCAAACCUUGGUUUUAGUAAACCAUGUUCAAUAAAGCUAAACGCUUUUUCACUAAAAACGUUGAUUUUUGCAAACUGUUUAAGAAGAACUGUAGUAUACGAUGAAGACGAUUGUUCAUUUUUAAAAAACAACGCAUCCAUAAUGAAUUCUUGUGAUCCACUGUUUGUCUAUGAUUGAGGCCUUCGACAGCUUUCGUUUAAAUAAUCGGCCUUGAGUUAUUUAAGCCUGAAGAGUCUUCUCCCGCAGAGUACUAAUGAGGGAGUCUUUCAUAUAAACAAUAAGCUUGUGGCCCUCUGCUGAUAAAUUAAUAUCUGCUGCAUGAGCUGCAGAUCGAAAAUGUGAUAUGUAAGAGAACUUUUGCAUCAAUUCAGUGAAGUGAUGCUGGAAAAUCAAGAAUAGAGUGAGCAAAUCCCUUGAAAUGAUCCAUUGGAAAUCUUGGAAGCGUAAACAAAUGAAUUCAGGUUUUCUAAACAAUUACUAUGAAAUGUCUUCUAAAGUGACCUUUCUUAACCAAGUGUAAAGCCACAGAUGUUUAGUAUGCAAAUGAUAGUAAUAAAGAAGUUUCCGGUGUUGCACAAACCUCUAAGAUCUUAUUAAUACGUGACCCACGAGCAUCCUGGCUCAUAACGCAGAUAAGAUGCGACACUAGACUUGGGCAGUUUUUGAAAAUAAAACCUACCACGCUGAGAUGAUAUAUUUUUAUCGAUGAAAUGCAAGUUGGAAUUAGUGAAGCACUAUAACACCAUGGCUAUUUAUCCCAGAUGGCAUGGUUGUUGUUGAAUUCUGUCUGAAGAGGAACAUAAUAUCACUCUCUUGAAAUGUCAACAACCGUUACGGUAUGUUUUUCCUAAAAAGAUAUCCAGCUGACUUUGUAUUGGUACUUAAACUACUGAAAUGAAUGGAACUAAUAUCAGUGAAAAUCAUCUUUUUAACAGCCUGGGUUGGCUCCAUCGGCCUGGCCAUGGUUUGGUUUGCCAGUUUGCCGGCUGGAUAUUUGUGUGAUCACUUUGGAUGUCGCAUCACAUGUUUUAUGGGAGGAAUCAUGUGCAUUGCAGGUUUGGUAGCGACUUCGUUCGCCAAUAGCCUCACUCUGAUGUACUUUACUUACAGCUUGGUGUACGGUUUGGGGGCCUGCUUCAUUUUUAAUUCUUACUAUCUCGCAGUUGGAAAGUAUUUCGACAAAAACUCUCUCAGUAGCUGUUGGUAUAACUGCAUUGGGGUCGAGUGUAGGUGUCUUGUACACAGGCCCGUUACUUCAGGCUCUUUUGGACGCAUUUGGUUGGAGAAACACGUUUAGAAUAAUGACGGCAACCUUCGCUCUUGUUUGUAUUUUGAGUUUGAAUUUCAAUCCGUAUGUUGUAAAAAUGACAUCGUUGGUGGAUGUAGAAUUGGAAACAUUGGAACAACAAGUAGGAAGUAAGGGUAGAAUAUCUUUUUACUGCAGCGUGUGGACAUAUCCUGUUUACACUUUUGUUGUCAUUUCUGUAUCGGUGGCAAGUUUUGGAAUGUUCAUUCCUCAAUUAAAUCUGGUUAGUAUAUAGCUACGCAGAGUCUUACAAAUACUUCUGUUCUGGAAAAGAAUUAUGAGUAAACAAAUCUGAGUAAAUAAAAGCCCUGGUUUGGCGGGAAACUAUGCUCGGAUAUUUAUCCGCGAAGCUGUUAUGUGAUUGAUACAUUUUCAGACGAAAUUCAACUGACAACCUUUGAACACUGAGUAUUCCCUCUCAAAUCUGGAUGUUUAUGUUGAUAAUCUGUGUAAUUACGAGAAUUUCUACUUUUGUUUUCUCAUUUGUAUUCACUGUUGAAAAAUUAUAUCAUCGUUACUUAACACCAGUAUUAAUUUUACCCAGGUCAAGUACUGUGAGGAUCUUGGGAUCACAGCGCAAAGUGCCUCUCGACUGUUUAUCUUCAUUGGCCUCACCUCAUCACUUGCACGAAUUCUGUCCGGAAAACUGUGCAACAGUCCAACGAUUAACCCAGUAUUUGUUUAUCAGUCGUCGCUGUUUAUCGGUGGUGUAUCUGUGCUCCUGUUACCUUACGCAACCAAAUAUUGGGCCUUAGUUGUAUUUAGCUGUGCAUAUGGAACAAGCGAUGGAAUUUUUAUAUCAACAGCGAAUUACAUCCCACUUAGCUGCGUGGAUGAAAAGAGAAAAACUGCUGCAUUUUGUAUCGAAUGCCUGCUUUAUUCAUUUUCAGUUGCGACUGGCGGGCCAAUCGCUGGUAAGACUUUCUCUAGACAGAUAUGUAGAGGUACUCUCCUCCGAUUGCCAAAACUUAUCACCUCUGAACUAUCGACCAUCUCAUUUACCUGUAUUUGUUAUCCAAGGAUUUAUUUUCCCUAAGAAAGGAUAUGGAUAUUUCCUAUCUGACGUUGUAAAAAAGUAGAUUCCUUUCUCUUAAAGUAGGCGGAAAAAGCAUGAAAAGGCUUUUGCAUAGCAGUUCAUAUGCCCUUUUACAGGCUCUUUGCAUGACAGCAAACGGUAAAAAAAUGUUCAUAAUGCAAAAUAGGAAAUAGAAGGAAGAGAUACAAUGAUUGUACAAGGAAUGACAGCUUCUCCAGCUAUCAGCCACUGACUUUCAAAAUACCACACUUUGGGAAGUUUAAAUGUUUGAAAAUGUUCGCGCUCUAAAAAAAGUCCACUUUGUAAAUGUUUUCUUGCAAAAUUAUUUCAAACAACCACGAAAUGUCGCAAUUCAGUUCACAGUAACCUCAGAAAUCGUUCUAAUUUCAUGACCCCUUUGCAUUUAUAGUAUCUUUUCCAUUUCAUGAACCAUUCAAUAAAUGACAAGUUCUGAACAGGCCCCUGGGGAGGGCCCACGAGCACAACAGAAUAUCUUGUCUCGCAACGCUUUCUCUGAAAGCCUCUCAUGUAUCUUUUGCAUCUUUAUUUUCCACAGGUUUAAUGGCAGAUCAAACAGGAAACUAUACCAGUUCGUUCAAAAUGACUGGUGGUGUUCUGAUGUUAGCAUUUGUUAUUCCCUUUGCAUUGAUUUUCAUCAACAGGAGAAAGUCUUCAAGUCAGUCUAACAGUGCCGGUCAAGAGAAGUGUGUGACGAGGAAGCAACAAACACUACUCCUAGAGCAAAUGUGA